CACACAACCGAUGGAAAGAAACAGUCUUUAUGCCCAAAUAAAAUAAUAUUCAACAGCCAAUUUUUUUGGUUUCUAAAGAAAGGGAAUGGGGUGUACCGUGUAACGUGCUUCUUUUUCAGCCAACCCUUCUUGGAAUUACAAUUGACAAGGACUAUUCUUUUACAUACUUUAAGAAUAAAAUGACUUUAUUUGAUUUGUAGGACUACCAGAAUCAACUACAACUGUCGUUUAAUAUUUGAUUAAUUAAAAAUUACGUUGGUUAUGUGAUAAUUGUUACCAUAUGAAAGUGUUGGGUGAUUUGAAUUUAUAGAAAAUCUGUUUGGUUGCUGAAAAAUGGACUCUGUAAAAGGGAAGAUGCAGACACGAAGAGAAAAGUUAAAGUUAUCAAUUCGUUUACCUAAUAUCUCUUCAAAUUCAGGCGGCAGCCCUAGUAUAUCAGUAUGUAGCAGUCCUAUAGGUCUGUAUACUAGACAAGAGAUCAUGAAAUGGUCAGGUGAUGAAGUUAUUAAAUGGUUGGCCAGUAAACAUUUGUAUAAAUUUAUUCCUUUAUUUCAAGAAAAGGAAAUAAACGGACAGCGUUUGGCAGAGGUCGGGCUAGGAUUUUUAGAACAGGACGGAAUAUCUGUUGACGAACGAGAAGAAUUAUUAUCCGAAGUAUAUAAUUUAUUAGAGUUAGACUUUACACAAGACACUGGCAACGAUGCUCUUGUUAGACUUGAUGACGAAUUAAAACGAGAAAAGUUCAUCGCGGCUGUCCAGUUAUCAAGGACUCGUGAUUCGAGGAGUCGCUCGCCUUCCAUUGUUUCAUUUUCAUCUCCCCUAGCAAUCAGAAAAAAGGCACCCCUUGUAAAGCAAAGGUCAAGGUCAGAAUCUGGAAUAGAAGUACCAAAGGUCACAUCAUUUCAUGUUGACAAAAAUAAAUAUAUUUUAUGGAAAAUAAUUUAUCCCGUUGCCCCCGUAACCGUACAUUGCGUACAGAUCUGUUGUCACGACUACCAAGGUCAAGCCGGGUUUAAUUUAAAAACGAAUAAAGAGGGAAUAACAAAAGUUAAAGAAAUACAAGAUUCAACCAUCGGACUGCAAGAAAAUGAUAUAGUUUUAGAGUUAAAUGGUCACCAGUUACACAGUGAUGAAAUGGUUCAAAAACAUGUAAACAAAAUUUUAAAAACAACGAGAGAAAUCAAAAUGGUUAUAUGUCGAAAAUAUUCCGCGACAGAAACAGACCCAGCUAUAUUAGAAAAAAUACAAAACCUCCAGAAUCAGUUAUUUCUAGCUGAAUCCAGGUGGUUAGAAAUAAGACAACGUCUCUCUUUUAUGAAAAUCAACGAUGGGUGGUUAGAACCUCAGUCUGUAGAGAAGAAUCAGAAAACGCCCAACAUUGUUGAAAAUCGAAACACAGAAAGUGGCUCGGAAGAAAAUAUAGAACUAUUGAAAACAGACCAAUUCCUCAAGGAUGACGUAUUAAAGGUUUUAGUACAAAAAAUGAGGGAAGCCAGGCAACAAAAAGAGUACCUGGAUCGUUUACUAACAGUAGUAAUUGACAAGGCACCCUGGUUACUGGCCAAGAUGGAAGAAAAAUUAGACACAUCUAUUAUUGAUACUGAUAGAGAGGAAUGGUGUUAGUUAAUUGUGAUAAUAAAUUAUUAAUACAACUAAAAUAGAGCUUUUGCGUGUAUUCAAUAACUUCCUCAUAAUAGUCCAGGAUUAGGUGAAUGAAAUGGUUUCAAUUUAAGUCAACCAGAUUAUUGAGAUUGAUCAUUGGCUGAGGCACUUUGGUUUGGUAUUACAUUUAAGAUGACACUUUAAAUUUCAUUGAUCUACAAAGCCAUAGAUUAUGACAAGUGUCAUGCAUGAAGCAGUAUAUAUGUUUCCCCCUACUGCAGGGCUUUUUUUUUAUCAAGAAAUGUAUAUUAGCAUACUAACAAAUCUAGCAUCUAGAUGAUAUCAGCAUAUUUUUUUCAGAUUAUAUGCAUACUCAGAUGCAACAAAUUUUUACGAGCAUUUAAAAGACUGUUGUCAAAAAUAUAUUAUCUGUUUGGUUUACCUGUAAAUAUACGAAAUAACUGAAAUUCUUUG